CUCCUAGUUUGAAAGUGUUUACGUUUUCAUUUUCCUUGUUCAAACCCACUAAAAUAAAAAUUACCUAUGAUGGUAAACAGCAAUGACUUGGUGGUUAUGUAUCCCUAACUCUUCAAGAUAUGAAUUUGUUAUUUUUAUGUAUCUUUGUGAAUGCUGUGAGUCCCUACCAAUUUGAGGGCACUAUUUUCACACCACCACUGUAUCUGCUUCUAUGAAUAUGCCUUAGCCCAGGCCUCAGACUCAUUUCCGGCCAAGCCCAGCUUAUCAUAUCUAGAAACGUGGCUACGCCGCACAGUGCAUCAAUCACGAAUCGUAAUUCCCGGAUGCCCGGAUUGGUCCGGAAAUGGCUAAUUAGGGUUGCUCGCCCGUGUUGAUGUUCGUUUGUUUCAUUUCACGUACUGUUGAUUUGACAACUGGAAUUUUGUUAUGUAACCCUUAACACCAACACACAACAGCAAAACAAUCGGUAGUGAUCAAAGUUUAAUCGGCGUUUGUUUUGGAUUUUCGGGCAGCAACUUCAGGAUAAUGGCUACGACGGAGCAAUUUUCCCUUCGGUGGAACAAUUUUCAUUCUAACCUCACAUCCGGUUUUCAUGAGUUGUUAGAAGCGGCUGAUAUGGUGGAUGUUACAUUAGCUGUGGAUGGUCACUUCCUCCAGGCACAUAAAAUAGUUCUCUCUAUAUGCAGUCCAUUUUUCAAACAAAUGUUCAAGGUAAAUCCUUGUAAACAUCCCAUUGUAAUUUUGAAAGACGUAGGCCACGAACACAUGAAGGAUAUACUGGAGUUUAUGUAUAUGGGGCAAGUCAGUGUACUACGUGAGAAUCUGACGCAAUUUUUGAGGACUGCAGAGCUACUACAAGUCAAGGGACUCACUGGAGAUGAUUCUGGAGAUGAUACCUCAUCAACAAAAGAUGUGAAAUCAGUAUGUGAUAAUGAAGAUGAAAGUGAUAUUUACAACCACUUGAUAGAGGCAGACAUGGAGUUACCAUUAUAUCAGCCAAAUACACAACCAAAUGUUCAUCAAAGUGGAAAAAGGGUUAAAAAUAUCAAUUGUAUUACAAAUACCAAACGUGCCAAGUGUGAUUAUCCGCAAUCAAAGCCAUCACCAGCUAAAGAAGAAUUUGAACCAUUGAAAUCCAAAGAUUACAGCCAUAUACAAAACAGUGAGACUCCUAACAUAAACAAUUCUUUCAACACUACCACUGCUAGUCCUGAAAGUGAAGCCAAAGAACCACUUAAUAUGAAAGUCACAUGGUUUGGCAGCGAGAGCUCUAUAGGAGAUCAAAGUCUUGGAGAGCAAGCUGCAAUUGGAUUUUCUACAUAUAUUUUAGAGGAGGUCAAGUAAGCAUUUCACCAUAUCUCAAACCAACGAAGCUUCUAUGAGUUUCUCUUAAUCCAGGAAAACUGGACAAGUUUCAACAGAACCACAGAAAUCCCUACCAGUGCAGCCAAUGCAAGAAACGAUUUUCCCGAAAAGACCACUUACGCACCCAUGAGAAAAACAUACACGGAGAAUUCGCUGGACCUUUCAGGUGUACGAUUUGCGAACAGUUCUACAAAAAUACGGAGAGUCUCAGGAAACACAUGGCCAAGUUUCACUUGUCCACAGUCACUGACAAUAUUCAGAAGAUAGAAGUGGGGGCUUAGCAGAUAUUGCUCUUAUAGGUCCAGUGGGUUUCAGCAUAAUAUUAGAAACGAUUGAAGUAUAUAGCCUUAGGUUGUCCAUAAAAACAUGUUGGACCUAACAUUUAAAUGUCACAAGAAAUUAUUUUCUACAUGAGGUGAGAAUUAAUGACGUGUUAUGUGAACGCUGAACAUGUGACGUAUUUAGCCUGGAUAUGUUGGGUGGAGGACUCCACUAUAAUAAAAUCUAAGUCAUUCAAACGAGUUCCUUUGGGCGAGCGUUGAGCGGGCUGUACAGGUAGAAUCCACAGUCGCUCCAUUUUUCAGGUGCUCUAUUUCUAUAAUCGAUCCAGACCGGCACUGGUUUUACUUAUCUUGAAAAGUGACAUUAUGUUGUUUUUUGUGACAUUAUAUAAAUUUUUCUACGCGAUGCUAACUUAGCACUAACUGAUGGAAACGUUGUGAGCUCGUUUUGUAGUUGUACAUUGUUGGCUAAACGUUAUGAGGUGUCAGUUAUCAAUGUUUGGCUCUGAUGUGAAUCUGCUUCACAAAUGGCAUUACUGGAGGUAACGGUAUUGUGUGCUAAUAAUAUGUGUUCCAUUGGAUUCUUGUCUCAAAUUGAGAUUCAAAGGUAGACAUUAGUUGCGCAUCCAGUUUUCGUAUCCAUUCUGGAAAUUACAUAUACAAAUUUGCCGAAUUUCAAAAAUGAGAAUAAUUAUAUUCACUGUACACUGUCGAAUUACAAGUCAUAUACAUGCUAACAGUAAUUAUAGAUAACUCGAGCGCGGAGGUGAUUUCCUGUAAUUCUCCUCAAAGAUUUUGAAAACACGAAAAAAAAAACGUAAAAAAUCGUAAUUUAUAACUUUGAACAUAACCUGUCUUCAGAAAGGACAACUUAUAAAUAACCCAUUGGGCACAGCUAUAUAUGCUUCAUUGGCAGCAUGUUUAGUAAUGAUUUUCUCACACAAGAGUCAAAAAGGGGGUCCAUAUAAACGACCAAACGUUUUCCUAUGAUAACGCAAUAAGAAAACGAUUGAAAUGGUGUACAAAAAACACUUUAAAAGUUAUAUUAACUCCUACAAAGAAGUUAAUACGAAUGUACUCUGUUUCGAUUCAUCGAAAAAUUGCAAUUUGCGUUGACGUGAGAUAACCACAAGGCAAUGAAUACUCGUACCCUGGAAAAAGCUCUUGCUUCUCCCGCAGUCAAAGUCUUUGGGAGAAAGCGUUGUCGAAAACUGUGUAGGUGCUACAAAACAAUAAGAAUAACUUUAUCAAAUAAAUAAAAGAGCUGUUAGCAAGUAUAAAAUGGAUCUGUAGCGUACAAAAAAACAAAACAAAAUACGGCUCCGACUACCUGGCGUUGACGGAUCCGUCAGAAUUAUGUGUCCUGCGCCGAUAUGGGGAAUUUUGAGAUAUUACUAGAUAAUCUGCUGUCAUUCUACCGUGAUGGAUACUCGUGAAAUAGGGUAUACAUUUGAUCUUAAAUGGAACGUAAAAUAAAUUAUACUAAUAUGGUUCCCUUUUUACAUACCUCUAAUAAAGCGCAACUUUUGCAUCUGGCAUUUCAUUAACCUUUUUUCCAAUAUAUGUGCGACAAAAGCGCAUUGUUAUUAAACGUCCGUUCAACAAAGUUUUGUAUGAUAAGUUUUAGUCUUAAGACGUCCUUACAAAUUACAGUUCAUUUUAUUGGAAGAUGCUUAAAAGAUAUAUGUGACCAGUAAGUCAUUUAGGACAUAUCAUCAAAAAAUGGUCCCGCAGGGAACGUGCUUACCCACGGGGCCCGGUCUCAGCUUCCGAAUGCUUAAAAAACAAUAUUCAAGUACCCCCUCCGCUCUUCAAUUUUUCCUAACGUCAAAAUAAGGCUAAGCAUUCCGCUCUGCCGUGGGGUUCUUUCAGCCGCAGGCCCCGAGCUUGAGACGAGUCCAGGGACCCCUUCAUUGCUUAAGAUGGCCCUGUGUAACAACGUCAUGUUGGGUUGAUCAUGAAUAGCAAACGCCCUAACAGUGCAUUUAUUUAUCUUCCGUGGUACAAGUGGCAUUUUUAGCGUCAGUAUAACAUGUUAUUUAGGUGCAGCUUACCUACCCACUGGUCCUUAAUUCUAAGUGCCUUAAAUGUCGUGUGUAUCUCAAUCAUAUACAAAGUAUUCUCUUUUCAAAUAUGUUACCUGCAAUAAUCUAUUCGUUUAUUAUUAUAUACUCUCGAUAAGUUAUGAUGUUAAAAAUUAUCUUUCUAGAUUUUAAUGUUUGUUAGGGUUUUAAGUUUUAGCGCUUAUACAUUUUAUUUCCAAAUCUAGAGCAUAUUCAUAUAGAUCUACUUUGUAUUGUAAUAGUUUUGUUACAAGCAUUAUCUUCUAAUCAUCUGAAAUAAUUAUAGAUUCAUGUUACACCAAAACCAGUAUGGUAUAACAGUUAUUAUCGCCAACCUUGUUGAUAGCGAUUAGCACAUAUGGUUUUUGGAAUUGCUGUAGUGUAUUAGGAGUUACCAAAGCUAAAUUUUCGAAUUUAGACAAGUUAGUCCUGAGGUAGUCAAUAUUUUUUUAGGUUCAUCGCAUCAAUUUAAAAAUACGUAUAAAGGCAUUAUGAAGUAUUUAUAUAGUUCAGCACUAUGAUGCUUUAUUUGUGGAAAUAUGUGUUACUAGUCAGUCAUUGUCAUUAAGGGCAUUAUUUUUAUUAUACCAAAACACCAUUUACGUUAAUCAAUUUAUUUGGCAAUAAGCAGGGCUCAUUUGUCACGAUUUUUAUUGUUAUUGUAUAACUUUCAUACAAUUUAUAUUAAAUUACGAUAUUAUUUUUAGCCUCACCUAUUGAUAUCUUUUUUGAACCUU